AUGGGCAAAACAUUCACGUACCAGCAGAUCCAAGAGCACCGCUCCAAAGAGAGCUGCUGGGUGGCCUUGUAUGGCAACGUCUACGAUGUAACCUCCUUCCUUUCCGAACACCCCGGCGGCAGUAAAAUCAUCCUCCAGCUCGCCGGCACCGACGCCACCGAAGAGUACGAUCCAAUCCACCCUCCCGGCACCCUCGAGACCAGUCUCCCGGAAUCCGCCAAACUGGGCUCGAUCGACACGACCACCCUCCCCCAAGCAAACGCCCCCGAACCCGCCAAUGCCACAACCCAACCACAAGAAGAAGUCACGAGUCUAGAGGAAUGCCUCAACAUCGACGACAUAGAAAAGGUAGCCACCCAAAACCUCUCCAAACGAGCGUGGAACUACUACUUCUCUGCCGCCGAUGACCUCCAUUCUAAGACUUUCAACAACACCGUAUACCGCAACAUCCUCCUCCGCCCUCGCGUCUUUGUAGACUGCACCAACUGCGACACAUCCACCACCCUCCUCGGCAGCCUCGACGUCAAAGUCCCCUUCUUCGUCUCGCCAGCCGCAAUGGCUCGUCUCGCCUCCCCAGACGGCGAACACGGAAUCGCCCAGGCAUGCGCAACGUACGGAGCCCUACAAAUCAUCUCCAACAACGCCUCCCAAACUCCCGAGCAAAUCGUCGCGGGAGCACAGCCCGGACAAGUCUUUGGAUGGCAAUUGUACGUGCAGACGGAUCGGAAGAAGAGCGAGGAUAUGUUGGCGCGAAUCAAAAAACUCCCACAGAUUAAAUUCAUUUGUUUGACGUUGGAUGCGCCGGUGCCGGGAAAGAGAGAACAUGAUGAGCGGACGAAGAAUGUGGGUGGGAGUCUACCCAUUACGAGCGCUGUACAGCAGGGUUCGGCAUCCACGACAUCUCCUGCGCCGAAGAAGGGAGAUGCUGGCGGUGGUGUUGGCAAGGCGCUGUUUGCGGGUACGGCGCCGGAUCUGACGUGGAAGACUACUUUGCCUUGGUUGAAGAAACAUACCGAUCUACCGAUCGUGCUGAAAGGUUUGCAGACGCAYGAAGAUGCGUAUUUGGCGAGUUUGUAUGCGCCGCAGAUCAAGGGGAUUAUCUUGUCGAAUCAUGGUGGGAGAGCAGCGGAUACUGCUCCGCCUGCGAUUCACACGUUGUUGGAGAUUCGAAAGUACUGCCCUGAAGUGUUGAAGUCGAUUGAGAUUUGGGUGGAUGGAGGGAUCAAGCGAGGGACUGAUGUUGUCAAGGCGUUGGCGUUGGGCGCGAAGGGAGUAGGGCUUGGACGGGCACCAUUAUAUGGUCUGGGAGCUGGUGGGAAGGCUGGAGUAGAGAGGGUGCUGGAGAUUCUGAAGGCAGAGGUGGAGACCGCUAUGAGACUACUGGGAUGUGAGACUGUGGAUCAGUUGAGUCCUCAGCAUGUCAAUGCGAGGGCGGUGGAGAGGGAUGUCUAUGAUGGCUCGGCUGGGUUGGAGAAGCUGGAGAUGUGGGUUCGUAGUAAGUUGUAG